CUUCCAAGCCCUGUCCUGACUCUGGCCUGUCCCUGUCCCUACCCCAGCACCCCUGCCCCUGCCCCAGCUCCUGUCCCUCUACCUGUCCCCGUCCCCAGCCUCUACCCACCUUGGCUUUGAUCCUUUCUCCAGCCCGGCCCCUGAGCCUGCACGUGCCCCUCCCCACCUGCCCCCUAGGUGCAGCUGCUGCAGGGCGAACGGUAUACGCUGAUGGACAACACUGACCCGCACACCUGGCUGGUCCAGGGCCCGGCAGGCGAGACCAAACGUGCCCCAGCCGCCUGCUUCUGCAUCCCAGCUCCGGACCCUGAAGCCGUGGCCAGGGCCUCCAGGCUGGCCUCGGAGCUGCAGGCCCUGAAGCAGAAACUGACCACAGUCCAGAGCCGCCUGAAGGCCAGUGCUGCGGAGCCCUUACAGCCCAGCCAGAAGGCUCCAACCAGCUCGGCCCCAGCCGACCCACAGGCCCAGAAGCUCCUGACACGGAUGGCCCGGCUGGAGGAGGACCUGGGGCAGAUAGAGAAGCAGGUGCUGACCUGGCUCCGGGCCCCGCUGAGCCGCAGCACCGCACUGGAGGACCUGGAGGGCCGCAUCCGAAGCCACAAGGGCAUGGCCCAGCGGCUGCAGAGCCUGGGAGCAGAGAAGGCGGCAGCCCAGCAGGAGUGUGAGGCAUUUCUGUCGGGGCAGCCUGGGGGCCCCGCCGCCCUGCACCUACCCGUGGCCCUCAGCAACGUCAAGAACAAGUACAGUGACGUGCAGGUUCUUUGCAGACUCUACGGGGAGAAAGCCAAGGCUGCCCUGGGUCUGGAGCAGCAGAUCCGGGAUGCGGACAGGGUCAUCCGAGGCUUCGAGUCCACCCUGGCGCGGGAGGCCCCCAUCCCUGCAGGCCCAGGCGCGCUGCAGGAGAGGGUCAGCGAGCUGCAGCGCCACCGGAGGGAGCUGCUGGAGCAGCAGGCCUGCGUGCUGGGGCUGCACCGCCAGCUGAAGGCCGCCGAGUGCGCGUGCGGCACGCUGCACAGUACUUUCCAUGAAUUCUGCCAAGACCUGCCACGCCAGCAGCGCCAGGUGCAGGCCCUCACGGACCGCUACCACUCCGUGGGUGACCAGCUGGACCUGCGGGAGAAGAUGGUGCAGGACGCUGGCCUCACCUACCAGCAGUUCAAGAACUGCAGGGACAACCUGAACUCCUGGCUGGAGCACCUGCCCCGCAACGAGGUGCGGCCCAGAGACGGGCCCAGCCAGAUUGCCUACAAGCUGCAGGUGCAGAAGAGUCUGCUGCAGGAGAUCCAGGGCCGAGAGCAGGACAGGGCCACGGCAUCCCGCCUCUCCCAGCACCUGCAGGCGGCCCUCCAGGACUAUGAGCUGCACGCAGCCGCCUACCGCUGCUCCCUGGAGCCCACCCAGGCGGGGGCGGCACCCGGGAGACCCCGAGUGGCCCCGCUGCAGGAGAGCCUCCGGGCCCAGGAGAAGAACCUGAUGAAGGCCUACGCUGAGGUUGCAGCCAUGCACCAGCAGCAACUGCACCAGCUGGAGUUUGCCGGAAGGAUUCUGGAGCAGCAGGUCUCCGGGAGCCCAGCCCGAGCCCGGAGGGAGUCAGAGGCCCCGAAGUCCCAGCUGGAGGAGGAGAGGAAGCGGGUGGCCCAGGUGCAACGCGAGCUAGAGGACCGGAGCAACCAGCUGCUGCAACUGAAGACCCAGCGGCCCUUGGAGAAACUGGAGGAGAAGGAAGUGGUGGAUUUCUCCCGGGACCCCCAGCUGGAGAGCAGCCUGUCCAGGGUGAAGUCCCAGGUGGAGGACGAGGGCAAGAAGCGGGCUGGCCUGCAGGCAGAUCUGGAGGCGGCGGCGCAGAAGGUCGUGCAGCUAGAGAACCAGAGGAAGGCCACGCAGCCUCACCUGCUGACCAAGGAGGUCACCCAGAUCGAGAGGGACCCUGGCCUGGACGGCCAGGCGGCCCAGCUCAGCAGCGAGAUCCAGCUCCUGCGGGGGGAGAACGCCGCCGUCUCGGCCCAGCUGGAGGCGCUGAGGACGGAGCUGCUGGCCCUUGAACAGAAGGAGGCGAGUGUGAAGGAGAAGGUCGUGGUGAGAGAAGUGGUCAAGGUGGAGAAGGACCUGGAAAUGGUCAAGGCAGCCCAGGCCCUGAGGCUGCAGGUGCAGGAGGACGCGGCGCAGAGGAAGGGGGCGGAGGCAGCCGUGGCCAGGCUGCAGGCUCGCAUCGCGGAGCUGGAGCAGGCGAUCCGCGCCGUGCAGCCGAAGGUGAUGGUGAAGGAGGUGAAGAGGGUCGAGCAGGACCCAGGCCUCCUCCUAGAGGCGUCCAGGCUGAGGAGCCGCCUGGAGGCGGAGAGGCGGGAGAACGAGGCGCUGGCCGGGGAGCUGAAGGAGCUGCGCGGCAGGCACAGCGCGGAGGAGAAGCAGACGCCCAGGGUGGACCUGCAGGAGCGUGUCCACGAGAUCUUCCAGGUGGAUCCGGAGACGGAGCGGGAGAUGGCGCGGCUCAGGGCCGAGCUGCAGGAGACCGCCCGCAGGAGGGGCGGCGUGGAGGAGGCGGCGGGGCGGCUGCUGCCCGAGCUGGCGGUCCUGCGGGCGCGGAAGCCCGUGCUGGAGUACAAGCAGGUGACGCAGGAGGUCGUGAGGCACGAGAGGAGCCCGGAGGUGCUGCGGGAGAUGGACCGCCUGAAGGCCCAGCUCAACGAGCUGGUCAACGGCAGCGGGCGGGCCCAGGAGCAGCUCAUCCGGCUGCAGGGGGAGCGCGACGAGUGGAGACGGGAACGCUCCAAGGUGGAGACCAAGACGGUGAACAAGGAGGUGGUGCGCCACGAGAAGGACCUGGUCCUGGAGCAGGAGGCCCAGCGGCUGCGCCAGGAGGUGCGGGAGGCGGCCCAGAAGCGACGGGCGGCCGAGGACGCGGUCUACGAGCUGCAGAACAAGUACCUGCUGCUGGAGCGGCGGCGGCCCGAGGAGAAGGUGGUGGUGCAGGAGGUGGUGGUCACCCGGAGGGACCCGAAGCGCCGCGAGGAGCACAGCCGGCUGAGCCGGAGCCUGGACGAGGAGGCGGGCCGGCGGCGGCAGCUGGAGCGGCAGGUGCAGCAGCUGCGGGCCGCCGUGCAGGAGGACGAGGGCCUGCUCAGCUUCCGGGAGGACCGCGGCAAGAAGCUGGCCGUGGAGAGGGAGCUGCGGCAGCUGACCCUGAGGGUCCAGGAGCUGGAGAAGCGGCCUCCCGCGGUGCAGGAGAAGGUCAUCGUGGAGGAGGUGGUCCAGCUGGAGAAGGACCCGGACCUGGAGAAGUCCACGGAAGGCCAGCGGCGGGACCUGGACCAGGAGAAGACCCAGGUGACCGAGUUGCGUCGGGAGUGCGAGAACCUGCAGGUGCAGAUCGACGUGCUCCAGAAAACCAAACCGCAGGAGAAGACCAUCUACAAGGAAGUGAUCAGGGUGGAGAAGGACCCGGUCCUGGAGGGAGAGCGCUCCCGGGUGUGGGAGAUGCUCAACAGGGAGCGCGCAACCCGGCAGAGCCGGGAGGAGGCGGCGAGGCGCCUGCGGGAGCGGAUAGACCGGGCGGAGGCGCUGAGGAGGACGUGGUCGCAGGAGGAAGCCGAGCUCCAGAAGGCCCGGGACCAGAAGAGCCAGGAGUGCAGACAGCUGCAGGAGGAGCUGCGGGAGCUGGAGACGCAGAAGCGGCAGAAGGUGCUGAGCCUGCAGGAGGAGUCGAAGCUGCUCAGCCAGAAGACAGAGAGCGAGCGGCAGAGGGCAGCCCAGCGGGGCCAGGAGCUCUCGCAGCUCGAGACGGCCAUCCUCCGCGAGAAGGACCAGAUCUACGAGAAGGAGAGGGCCCUCCGGGACCUCCACACCAAGGUGAGCCGGGAGGAGCUCAACCAGGAGACCCAGACGCGAGAGACCAACCUCUCCACCAAGAUCUGCAUCUUGGAGCCCGAGACGGGGAAGGACAUGUCCCCGUACGAGGCCUACAAGAGGGGCAUCAUCGACCGAGGCCAGUACCUCCAGCUGCAGGAGCUCGAGUGUGACUGGGAGGAGGUCAGCACCUCGGGUCCCUGUGGGGAGGAGUCUGUGCUCCUGGACCGCCAGAGCGGGAAGCAGUACUCCAUCGAGGCCGCCCUGCGCUGCCGGCGCAUCUCCAAGGAGGAGUACCAUCUCUACAAGGACGGCCACCUCCCCAUCAGCGAGUUCGCCCUGCUCGUGGCCGGGGAGACCAAGCCCUGCUCCUCCCUCUCCAUCGGCACCAUCAUCUCCAAGUCCCCGCUGGCCUCCCCGGCCCCCCAGAGCACCAGAUUCUUCUCUCCCGGCUUCUCUCUCGGGCUCAGCGAGGACAACUUCCCCAUCGCCGGCGUCUACGACACAACCACGGACAACAAGGUCACCAUCAAGACGGCCGUGGCCAAGAACAUGCUGGACCCCGUUACCGGGCAGAAGCUGCUGGAGGCGCAGGCAGCCACGGGGGGUAUUGUGGACCUCCUCAGCCGGGAGCGCUACUCCGUGCACAAGGCUGUGGAGAGGGGGCUGAUCGAGAACAGCUCAGUGCAGAGGCUGCUCAGUGCCCAGAAGGGCUUCACCGGCCUCGAGGACCCCGUCACCAAGAAGAGGCUGUCGGUGGGCGAGGCCAUUCAGAAGGGCUGGAUGCCCCAGGAGAGCGUGCUCCCGUACCUGCGGGUGCAGCACCUGACCGGAGGGCUGAUCGACCCCAAGAGGACGGGCCGCAUCCCCGUCGCACAGGCCGUGCUUGCCGGCAUGAUCAGCGAAGAGCUGGCCCAGCUCCUGCAGGACGAGGCCAGCUACGAGAAAGAUUUGACAGACCCCAUCUCCAAGGAACGGCUGAGCUACAAGGAGGCCAUGGGACGCUGCCGGAAGGACCCCCUGAGCGGCCUGCUGCUCCUUCCGGCCUCGCUGGAGGGGUACCGCUGCUACCGCUCGGCCUCCCGCUCCGUCCUGCGCUCCCUGCACUGACGGGGGACAAAGCAGUCACCGGAGCGUGUGUGAGGGGGGAGGGUAGGAUGCAUGCACCCCUGGCCCCCAGAGCAGCCCAAUCCGAGGGCGUGGGUCUUCCCUCUGUCUGACUGACUCUCGGUGUUGGGCUCCCUCCCCUUUGGUGCCCAGUCCAUCCCCUGACCUGGAUGGAGAUCAGCAGCUGUUUUCCUCCCUCCUCCCUCAACCCAGUGCUUCCAAUAAACGAAUUCUCCUGGUGUCUUGUUCACAUCUGGGAACAGAAGAGUCGAUUCGUCCGGGGAGUGAGCAUAAGGGACGGCACUACUUGGGUCCUGGGGAGUGGACACGCCCAGCUGGCCCUGCUGGGGAUGCGGUGCUUUCGGAGGCCUGUGGCUCCUCUGACUCUAGGAAGGACCCGACGGGGGCAGGCCACGGAGGAUGAUGCCCGCCCGCCCCUCCCCCAGCCCCCCGCUCCCCACCGGCUCAGGGCCUCUCAGUUCAGGCCAGGAACUGUCUUCAGCCCGCUGUCAACCUCCCCCUUG